GGUAGAGGCUAAAAUGGGUUGCGCACUAAUAGGGCUUGGUCAGAUGGAUUGGAGGCAAUUGGACUGGGCUUAUUUGACUUUGUAUUAUUGUAUAACCCAUGGACUUAGUGAUACUACAGUAGUAUUAUUAUUUUUUUGGAGGAAGGUUUCCACCCCAUGGGAUGACGGAUGAGAGACAUACCAUAAGUUUUUCUCUGGACUUCCUUCCUGGCAAAUGGGUUCACCAUCACCAAUGGAUUUCCUCCUAUCCAAAUGGAUUUCCUCUAAUCCACCCUUGUGAUAAAUCAUAGUGAACAUUAAUUUAAAAUUGAAUGAAUAUUUCACCCCCUCAAAUGAGGUGCACGGCCAUCAGACCGCUUUUUGGUGGAGUUCACGAUGAUAAUGGAGUUCGAAAUUCCGACCACCUCACCCAAGCACUUAAGGCUUGGAAUCAAAUUAUUGGGACUAGAGGUCCAGUUCUCCUACAAAAGAUCUGCCACAUCAAUGUAUACCAAAUGAAAAUGAGUCCUUUUACCUCCAUGGCUCUUCCCCUGCAAGCUUCUGUCCCUGUUGCAGCUAUUUCGAGUAGACUUCCAUUUCCUUCAUCACGUACCAAACGCUACGCUCCUAGUCGAGUAACUGCCCUGAAAUUGUCAAAUGAGCUCACUAUGAGGAGAUCUGCAGAUUACAAGCCUCCUAUCUGGAGCUUUGAAGACAUUCAGUCUCUGAAAGUUGAUUACGUGGAAGAAUCAUUUAGAAGGCACGUCAACAAGUUGAAGGAAGAUGUUAUAGUGAUGCUAGAAGAAAAGGAGAUGGACAAGGUUCCUUUGCAACAACUCGAGCUCAUUGAUACGUUGCAAAGGCUUGGAUUAUCUUACCAUUUUGAGAAUGAAAUCAACAGAAUUUUGGAGAAAGUAUACACAAAUAAUCAGGGUUAUUAUUAUGGCUUUGAAAGAGAGAGUUUAUAUGUGGUUGCGCUUGAAUUUAGAAUUUUAAGGCAACAUGGGUACAAAGUACCUCAAGGUAAUCAAUCUCAAAUUUUCUUAUGUUGUAAAUUUAUCAAACGGCUAAUUGAUGGAAAACUACUCAAAUCUUGUAUUUCUUUGCAGAGAUAUUGAAAAGUUUCUUAAAUGAGAGUGGAAACUUCAAGGCUUGUCUCAACAUGGAUUGCAAAGGAAUUCUAUAUUUGUAUGAAGCUUCAUUCCUUUCACUAGAAGGUGAAAGUACACUGGAUGCAACUAGAACUUUCGUGAGAAAGUAUCUUAGUGAAUAUGUUAAGUUAAACGAAAGCAAAAAUCCUUACCUUUCAACACUUGUGGAGCAUGCACUGGAGUUUCCACUCCGUUGGAGAAUGCCAAGGAUGGAAGCAAGAUGGUUCAUUGAGGUUUAUCAACGAAGUCCAGAUAUGAACCCCCUCUUGCUUGAUCUUGCCAAGCUGGAUUUCAACAUGGUGC